AUGCUUCCCACACCGGUACGUCGGAACAUCGGUCGUGCAUGUGACCUCUGCAGGCGUCGGAAGGCCAAAUGCGAUGGGGCACUACCUCAGUGUUCUCGUUGCCAGGCCUUGAAGGUUAGCUGUGAGUACUUUCUGCCACGAACGAAGCGUGGGCCAAAGCCGCAAUCUCGCACCCCCGAUUCAGGGGACGUGGACCGACAUAGCCAGGGCAGAACACUAGCAACAACUCCGGAAGCAGAGCGUGUUGAUGUUGAGAGAUCCAAAACACCAAGUCUAGCACAAAAUGUCAGUCAUACUGACCAUCUGCUAUCUGACUUUACCACGCCACUCACCGACGCAUUUUCCGAAGACUCGGUGGUAAGACCACGAACGUUUCCAGCAAAUUCACCUCGAGAGAUUCAUAGCUAUUUGACGUCGACACUGGCGGAUCUGGAUGUCGAAACGGAUGUAUUUGUACAGAACUGCGUUGAGUAUUGGGUUGGCACCUCCUUCUCGGUUCUUCCAUUUCUUCGUCCGGCCACCAUCUUGGAAAACAUCCCGCUUCUAUUGCCAUCUGCAGAAAGCAGAUUCCCUGCCAAAUCCUAUCGAGGUAGCCUCCAUGACGAAUUUUCUACAGAGGUACUUGAAGACAUGCGAGCCUUUGCAUUACUCUGCGGCAUUUGCAGCAUGCGGGCUCAGUCUGUGUUGCAACACUCUUCUUUGGUUCGACAUCAGGCUUUAGCCGAUGCUCUUCUGUCUUCAUCGCGUGCUAUGCUCGCCUGCUGCGAAGAUGCGGAUGUAGCACAGCCUUCGAUAUCCUCAGUCGUCAUCCGCAUUUUCCAAUCGUCUGCCCUGCACUUCCAGGGUAAGAACCGCAUGUCACGAUACAUGGUUGGCCAAGCACUGCGAUUGACCAUUGACAUGAGGCUUUUUGAUGAGAAAUCAUAUGACGGACUAGGAGCAGAGGAAAGACAACUUCGCCGGAACUUGUUCUGGCUCAUGCAUACGAUGGAUAAGAGCAUGUCAUUGCUAAAUAAUCUUCCACCAACACUACAUGUUUGCUUGAAAGAUCCUGCGCAAGUAGAAACCAACCUGGAUGGCACACCGGUUCGGUUGCUAGAUGGCAUUCCUUGGGGCCAAUUCAACCCCACAUUUGAACGCCAACUUCGAGUGGGCUUCGAUCUGAUAAUGAAACAAUGGCUGAUUGCAGGUAAUAUCCAUAGAGAUUUGGACCUGCUGGACUCAUAUGCCAGUACCCCGAGUGCGCAGUCCGAUGGGUUGCUGCUACUGAAGAGUCACGUAACGCAAGAUUGGCUCGCUUUCUGCAGUCUGCUGGACGUGUUACCUCACUGGAUUCGUGAUCCAAGCCUGAACAUUGCCGAUGGUCAAGGUGAAGAAGCCGCCGACGCUCACCGCGAGGCACAUUGGAUUCAGCAUGCCAAUCUCGUUGUCAAUUACCACUCAUUGAAAAUCAUCCUCAUGGCCAAAGCAUUCAAGUUGCGCUUGGUGAAUCUGAUGGGUUUGACAGAGGAUGAAGGGCUAUUCAUUCUAAGGAAUACUGAAAUUGCUAGCGAGUUGAUGCAUGCUUUGGAAAAGAUGCCCUUGGCAGCAUUGCAAGGCAACGGAGAAUCUCUGGUUGAGAAGCUGCGGCAAGUCGGGAUUGUGCUCAUUGAGAUCGCCCACCGAGUUGCUAAUGACGCGCUCGCAUUGCGUGCCAAAUCGAUUCUAGACGCGCUUCUCGUUCUCAUCGCGAACCUCAAUUCUAGAUACUCGGACAAGCUGGGUGAAGAAGCACUCUGAGACGUCUCGACUGAUGCAAUUGGACCGCUAGUGAUCACUAAUUGCUACUCGAAGCAGAGAGGCAG